CUAUUGGUAGACCAUGAAAAUAUUUUAUAUUGCCCUCUUGGGUCUUCUUUUGGCACUCACUAACGGUGCUCAUAUUCACAAAGAGACAGCUGUGAGCAAGGAAAUAAAGAGUGAUCCUGCAGUAGAUGGACCAUGUUGUAAAAAUGUUAUGCAAACUCUUUUAGACAUUCGUAAAGAUAUUCGGUUGUGGCUUUUGGAUCGACUCUUUGGAAAACUGAUUUUGCUGCACGGAGAUGGACAACUUUUAGGUAACACAAAACCGACUGGCUGUGGUAAGCAACAACAGGCCACAGUCGAUGUGUCCCGUGACUAUCAUAAAAUUCUACACGACAUAAGAAACGUUAUUCCGAACAAUCCUGUCAUUAAAACUGAUAACUAUAUACUACGUUCUGAGAUUCAAGCUUCAAAUCACAGCCCAAAAAAUUCACACACGUCUACAACAAAAACAACAGAAUACAAAACUGUCAAGGAUUCCAACAUUAAAAGAACAGUCACAUCUAGCAACGAAAAAGUGAUUGACGUUGUCUCAAGCAAUCAUGGAUCAAGCUCUACCAAAAUCACAACAUCUUCUGAAACAUCAGAGCAUUCUGGCUCAACUUCGAACUCCGAUGGUGUUGAGGACUCCGCCCACUCUAGCAGGGAGAACAGGAUUGACGAUGUCCCAAGCAAUCAAGGAUCAAGCUCUACCACAAUCACAACCUCUUCUGAGACAUCAGAACAUUUCGGCUCAACUUCAAACCCAUCUGUAAUUGAGGACUCCCCCUACACUAGCAGCGAAAACAAGAUUGACGAUGUCCCAAGCAAUCAUGGAUUAAGCUCUACCACAAUCACAACCUCUUCUGAGACAUCAGAGCACUCCGGCUCAACUUCAAACUCAGAUGGUGUUCAGGAAUCCGUCCACUCUAGCAACGAAAAAGAGAUUGACGUUGUCUCAAGCAAUCAUGGAUCAAGCUCUACCAAAAUCACAACAUCUUCUGAAACAUCAGAGCAUUCUGGCUCAACUUCGAACUCCGAUGGUGUUGAGGACUCCGCCCACUCUAGCAGGGAGAACAGGAUUGACGAUGUCCCAAGCAAUCAAGGAUCAAGCUCUACCACAAUCACAACCUCUUCUGAGACAUCAGAGCAUUCCGGCUCAACUUCAAACCCAGCUGCAAUUGAGGACUCCCCCUACACUAGCAGCGAAAACAAGAUUGACGAUGUCCCAAGCAAUCAUGGAUUAAGCUCUACCAUAAUCACAACCUCUUCUGAGACAUCAGAGCACUCCGGCUCAACUUCAAACCCAGCUGUACUUGAGGACUCCGCUCACUCUAGCAGCGGAAAAGAAAUUGACGAUGUCCAAAGGAAUCAAGGAUCAAAUUUGACCACAAUCAACACCUCUUCUGAGAUAUCAGAGCAUUCCGGCUCAACUUCAAACUCAGAUGGAGUUCGGGAUUCCGCCCACUCCAGCAGCGAAAACAGGAUUGACGAUGUCCCAAACAAUCAUGAAUCAAGCUCUACCACAAUCACAACCUCUUCUGAGACAUCAGUGCAUUCCAGCUCAACUUCAAACCCAGCUGUAAUUAUGGACUCCGCUCACUCUAGCAGCGAAAAAGAAAUUGACGAUGUCCAGAGGAAUCAUGGAUCAAGUUUGACCACAAUGAACACCUCUUCUGAAACAUCAGAGCAUUCCGGCUCAACUUCAAAUCCAGCUUUAAUUAGGGACAACUCCAGCAGCGAACAAAUGAUUGACGUUGUCUCAAGCAAUCAUGGAUCAAGCUCUACCAAAAUCACAACAUCUUCUGAAACAUCAGAGCAUUCUGGCUCAACUUCGAACUCCGAUGGUGUUGAGGACUCCGCCCACUCUAGCAGGGAGAACAGGAUUGACGAUGUCCCAAGCAAUCAAGGAUCAAGCUCUACCACAAUCACAACCUCUUCUGAGACAUCAGAACAUUUCGGCUCAACUUCAAACCCAUCUGUAAUUGAGGACUCCCCCUACACUAGCAGCGAAAACAAGAUUGACGAUGUCCCAAGCAAUCAUGGAUUAAGCUCUACCACAAUCACAACCUCUUCUGAGACAUCAGAGCACUCCGGCUCAACUUCAAACUCAGAUGGUGUUCAGGAAUCCGUCCACUCUAGCAACGAAAAAGAGAUUGACGUUGUCUCAAGCAAUCAUGGAUCAAGCUCUACCAAAAUCACAACAUCUUCUGAAACAUCAGAGCAUUCUGGCUCAACUUCGAACUCCGAUGGUGUUGAGGACUCCGCCCACUCUAGCAGGGAGAACAGGAUUGACGAUGUCCCAAGCAAUCAAGGAUCAAGCUCUACCACAAUCACAACCUCUUCUGAGACAUCAGAACAUUUCGGCUCAACUUCAAACCCAUCUGUAAUUGAGGACUCCCCCUACACUAGCAGCGAAAACAAGAUUGACGAUGUCCCAAGCAAUCAUGGAUUAAGCUCUACCACAAUCACAACCUCUUCUGAGACAUCAGAGCACUCCGGCUCAACUUCAAACUCAGAUGGUGUUCAGGAAUCCGUCCACUCUAGCAACGAAAAAGAGAUUGACGUUGUCUCAAGCAAUCAUGGAUCAAGCUCUACCAAAAUCACAACAUCUUCUGAAACAUCAGAGCAUUCUGGCUCAACUUCGAACUCCGAUGGUGUUGAGGACUCCGCCCACUCUAGCAGGGAGAACAGGAUUGACGAUGUCCCAAGCAAUCAAGGAUCAAGCUCUACCACAAUCACAACCUCUUCUGAGACAUCAGAGCAUUCCGGCUCAACUUCAAACCCAGCUGCAAUUGAGGACUCCCCCUACACUAGCAGCGAAAACAAGAUUGACGAUGUCCCAAGCAAUCAUGGAUUAAGCUCUACCAUAAUCACAACCUCUUCUGAGACAUCAGAGCACUCCGGCUCAACUUCAAACCCAGCUGUACUUGAGGACUCCGCUCACUCUAGCAGCGGAAAAGAAAUUGACGAUGUCCAAAGGAAUCAAGGAUCAAAUUUGACCACAAUCAACACCUCUUCUGAGAUAUCAGAGCAUUCCGGCUCAACUUCAAACUCAGAUGGAGUUCGGGAUUCCGCCCACUCCAGCAGCGAAAACAGGAUUGACGAUGUCCCAAGCAAUCAUGGAUCAAGCUCUAACACAAUCACAACCUCUUCUGAGACAUCAGUGCAUUCCAGCUCAACUUCAAACCCAGCUGUAAUUAUGGACUCCGCUCACUCUAGCAGCGAAAAAGAAAUUGACGAUGUCCAGAGGAAUCAUGGAUCAAGUUUGACCACAAUGAACACCUCUUCUGAAACAUCAGAGCAUUCCGGCUCAACUUCAAAUCCAGCUUUAAUUAGGGACAACUCCAGCAGCGAACAAAUGAUUGACGUUGUCUCAAGCAAUCAUGGAUCAAGCUCUACCAAAAUCACAACAUCUUCUGAAACAUCAGAGCAUUCUGGCUCAACUUCGAACUCCGAUGGUGUUGAGGACUCCGCCCACUCUAGCAGGGAGAACAGGAUUGACGAUGUCCCAAGCAAUCAAGGAUCAAGCUCUACCACAAUCACAACCUCUUCUGAGACAUCAGAACAUUUCGGCUCAACUUCAAACCCAUCUGUAAUUGAGGACUCCCCCUACACUAGCAGCGAAAACAAGAUUGACGAUGUCCCAAGCAAUCAUGGAUUAAGCUCUACCACAAUCACAACCUCUUCUGAGACAUCAGAGCACUCCGGCUCAACUUCAAACUCAGAUGGUGUUCAGGAAUCCGUCCACUCUAGCAACGAAAAAGAGAUUGACGUUGUCUCAAGCAAUCAUGGAUCAAGCUCUACCAAAAUCACAACAUCUUCUGAAACAUCAGAGCAUUCUGGCUCAACUUCGAACUCGGAUGGUGUUGAGGACUCCGCCCACUCUAGCAGGGAGAACAGGAUUGACGAUGUCCCAAGCAAUCAUGAAUCAGCUUCUACCACAAUCACAGCCUCUUCUGAGACAUCAGAGCAAUCCAGCUUAACUUCAAACCUAGCUGUAAUAAGGGACUCCGCUCAAUCUACCAGCGAAAACAUGAUUGACGAUGUCCCCAAUAAUCAUGGACCAAGCUCAACCAGAAUCACAACUACUUCUGAAACCUCAGCGCAUUCCAGCUCAACUUCAAACCCACUUGUAAUUGAUGACUCCGCCCACACUAACAGCGAAAACAAGAUUGACGAAGUCCCACGCAAUCAUGGAUCAAGCUCUACCACAAUCACAACCUCUUCUGAGACAUCAGAGCACUCCGGCUCAACUUCAAACCCAGCUGUAAUUGUGGACCCCGCUCACUAUAGCAGCGAAAACAAGAUUGACGAUGUCCCAAGCAAUCAUGGAUCUGGCUCUUCCAAAAUCACAACCUCACAAUCUGAGACAUCAGAGCAAUCUGGCUCAACUUCAAACCCAGCUAGCAUUCAGGCUCAACUUCGAACUCCGAUGGUGUUGAGGACUCCGCCCACUCUAGCAGAGAAAAUAGUAUUGACGAUGUCCCAAGCAAGCAUGGAUCAAGCUCGAACACAAUCACAACCUCUUCUGAAACAUCAGAGCAUUCUGGCUCAACUACGAACUCUGAUGGUGUUGAGGACUCCGCCCACUCUAGCAGGGAAAACAGGAUUGACGAUGUCCCAAGCAAUCAAUCAUGGAUCAAGCUCUAACACAAUCACAACCUCUUCUGAGACAUCAGAGCAUUUCGGCCCAACUUCAAACCCAGUUGUAAUUGAGGACUCCGCCUACUCUAGCAGUGAAAACAAGAUUGAACACGUCCCAAGCAAUCAAAGAUCAAGCUCUACCACAAUCACAACCUCUUCUGAGACAUCACAGCAUUUCGGCUCAACUUCACACCCAGUUGUAAUUGAGGACACCGCCUACUCUAGCAGCGAAAUCAAAAUUGACGAUGUCCCAAUCAAUAAUGGAUCUGUCUCUACCACAAUCACAACCUCUUCUGAAAAAUUAGAGCAUUCAGGCUCAACUUCGAACUCCGAUGGUGUUGAGGACUCCGCCCAGUCUAGCAGGGAAAAUAGGAUUGACGAUGUCCCAAGCAAUCAACGAUCAAGCUCUACCACAAUCAUAACCUCUUCUGAAACAUCAGAGCAUUCUGGCUCAACUACGAACUCUGAUGGUGUUGAGGACUCCGCCCACUCUAGCAGGGAAAAUAGGAUUGACGAUGUCCCAAGCAAUCAUGGAUCAAGCUCGAACACAAUCACAACCUCUUCUGAGACAUCAGAGCAUUUCGGCUUAACUUCAAACAAAGCUGUAAUUGAGGACUCCGCCUACACUAGCAGCGAAAACAAGAUUGACGACCUCCCAAGCAAUCAUGGAUCAAGCUUUACCACAAACACAACCUCUUCUGAGACAUCAGAGCAAUCCGGCUCAACUUCAAACCCAGCUGUAAUUGUGGACUUCGCUCACUAUAGCAGCGAAAACAAGAUUGACGAUGUCCCAAGCAAUCAUGGAUCUGUCUCUUCCACAAUCACAACCUCUUCUGAAACAUCAGAGCAUUCUGGCUCAACUUCGAACUCGGAUAGUGUUGAGGACUCCGCCCACUCUAGCAGGGAAAACAGGAUUGACGAUGUCCCAAGCAAUCAUGGAUCAAGCUCUAACACAAUCACAACCUCUUCUGAGACAUCAGAGCAUUUCGGCCCAACUUCAAACCCAGUUGUAAUUGAGAACUCCGCCUACUCUAGCAGCGAAAACAAGAUUGAACACGGCCUAAGCAAUCAAAGAUCAAGCUCUACCACAAUCACAACCUCUUCUGAGACAUCAGAGCAUUUCGGCCCAACUUCAAACCCAGUUGUAAUUGAGGAUUCCGCCUACACUAGCAGCGAAAACAAGAUUGACGACGUCCCAAGCAAUCAAGGAUCAAGCUCUACUACAAUCACAACCUCUUCUGAGACAUCAGAGCACUCCGGCUCAACUUCAAAUCCAUCUGUAAUUAUGGACUCCGCUCACGCUAGCAGCGAAAACAAGAUUGACGAUGUCCGAAGCAAUCAUGGAUCUGGCUCUACCACAAUCACUACCUCUUCUGAACCAUCAGGAUUCUGGCUCAAGCCUUCGACUCGGAUGGUCAAUCAGGAAUCAAGCUCUACCACAAUCACAACCUCUUCUGAGACAUCAGAGCAAUCCGACUCAACUUCAAACCCAGCUGUAAUUGAGGACCCCGCCCACUCUAGCAGGGGAAACAAGAUUGACGAUGUCCCAAGCAAUCAUGGAUCAAGCAGUAGCACUAUCAAAACCUCUUCUGAUACAUCAGAGCAUUCCGGCUUAACUUCAAACCCAAGUGAAUCGGAGUACUCCGCCCACUCUAGUAGCGAAAAAGAGAUAGACGAUACCCAAAGCAAUCAUGGAUCAAGUUGGGCUACAAUCACAACUACUUCUGAGACAUCAGCGCAUUCCGGCUCAACUUCAAAACAAGGUGAAACUGAAAAUUCCGCCCACUCUAGCAGCGAAAACAAGAUUAACGAUAUGUCAAGCAAUCAUGGAUCAAGUUCGACUACAAUCACAACCUCGUCUGAGACAUCAGAGCAAUCCGGCUCAACUUCAAACCCAGCUGUAAUUGUGGACUUCGCUCACUAUAGCAGCGAAAACAAGAUUGACGAUGUCCGAAGCAAUCAUGGAACUGGCUCUACUUCAAUCACAACCUCUUCUGAAACAUCAGAGCAUUCAGGCUCAACUACGAACUCUGAUGAUGUUGAGGACUCCGCCCACUCUAGCAGGGAAAACAGGAUUGACGAUGUCCCAAGCAAUCAUGGAUCUGGCUCUACCACAAUCACAACCUCUUCUGAAACAUCAGAGCAUUCAGGCUCAACUUCGAACUCCGAUGGUGUUGAGGACUCCGCCCAGUCUAGCAGGGAAAAUAGGAUUGACGAUGUCCCAAGCAAUCAUGGAUCAAGCUCGAACACAAUCACAACAUCUUCUGAGACAUCAGAGCAUUUCGGCCCAACUUCAAACCCAGUUGUAACUGUGGACCCCGCUCACUAUAGCAGCGAAAACAAGAUUGACGAUGUCCCAAGCAAUCAUGGAUCAAGAUCUACCACAAUCACAACCUCUUCUGAGACAUCAGAGCAACCCGGUUCAACUUCAAACCCAGCUGUAAUUAUGGACUCCGCUUACUCUAGCAGCGAAAACAAGAUUCACGAUGUCCGAAGCAAUCAUGGAUCUGGCUCUACCUACAAUCACAACCUCUUCUGAAACAUCAGAGCAUUCUGGCUCAACUUCGAACUCUGAUGAUGUUGAGGAAUCCGCCCACUCUACCAGCGAAAAAGAGAUUGACGAUGCCCGAAGGAAUCAUGGAUCAAGUUCGACUACAAUCACAACUACUUCUGAGACAUCAGCGCAUUCCGGCUCAACUUCAAACCAAGCUGAAGUUGAAGAUUCCCCCAACUCUAGCAGCGAAAACAAGAUUAACGAUAUCUCAAGCAAUCAUGGAUCAAGUUCGACUACAAUCACAACCUCUUCUGAGACACCAGAGCACUCCGGCUCAACUUCAAAUCCAUCUGUAAUUAUGGACUCCGCUCACGCUAGCAGCGAAAACAAGAUUGACGAUGUCCGAAGCAAUCAUGGAUCUGGCUCAACCACAAUCACAACCUCUUCUGAAACAUCAGAGCAUUCUGGCUCA